UCUCUCACAGCCAGCGGUCUAACAAAGUUAGUACUGUUCUGAUAGUGUUAGGUGUUGCUCCACAGCCGUUAUUUACGUUAAUUGUGGAAUCUACUCACCCCGUUCGUCAUAUUAAAGAUUGCAGUACCCAGGAAAUACAGAGAUAAUGAAUGUUGAGAAAAACAGUGGUCCUCGUGAGAUGCUUGGUGAUCCUCAAGUAUCCAUUCAGGAGAAUGGGAAGGUCUUCAAUGAUGCUGUCCAUGGGCCCAUCUCUCUCCAUCCCCUAUGUGUUAAAAUCAUUGACACUCCUCAGUUCCAGCGGCUCAGAUUCCUGAAACAAUUGGGUUCUGGUUACUUCGUUUAUCCAGCCGCAGCUCACAAUCGAUUUGAACACUGCCUUGGGGUUUGUUAUUUGGCUGGCGAGUUCAUUGGUGCCAUUAAGACCCGCCAGCCUGAAUUAAACAUCGAAGACAAGGAUGUUUUGUGUGUUAAGAUAGCUGGUCUGUGUCACGACCUGGGUCACGGCCCAUUCAGUCACCUCUGGGAAAAAUUUAUUGAAAAAGUUCAUGAAAAGGAGAAGUGGAAGCAUGAGGAUGCUUCUGUAAAAAUGUUUGAUUAUUUAUUGGAAACCAAUAAUCUUGAUGAUGAAUUUAAGAAAUAUAAAUUAGAAGAUACGGAUAAGACGUUUAUCAAGGAACUCAUUGCUGGUGCAGGGACGUCUAAAGAUGGAACAUGGUGCAAUAAGGGUCGAGGAGUGGAGAAAGCUUUUUUGUAUGAGGUUGUGGCCAACAAGCGGACUGGUGUGGACGUAGAUAAGUGGGACUAUUUUCUGCGUGAUACUCAUAACCUUGGCAUCUCAGUCACAUUUGACUACUCUCGCCUCGUGAAACUCUCUCGUGUGAAUCGCUUAAAAAAUGAGGAGCAGCAUAUAUGUUUACGUGAUAAGGCCAUUGACAAUCUGUACGAAAUGUUCCACGCUAGACGUACACUUCACAACUCAGCCUAUCAGCAUCGUGUUGUCCAGACCAUUGAUUCUAUGUUAAUGGAUGCCUUCAUGAGUGCAGAUAAGCAUAUUAAGUAUCGUGGGAAAAACAAGGAAAUGUUUGCCUUAUCGGAGGUGCAUCAUGACAUGUGUGCCUACACCAACCUAACUGACGAUGUCUUUCAUCGGAUCAUCUUAGCUGAAGAGGAUGACCCACAACUGAAGGAUGCACAAAACAUCCUCAGAAACAUCCUCACCAGGAAACUGUAUGUUUAUGUUGGCCAAACACAACCCAAAGAAGCAGGAUCCUCCAAUAAAAUUACUAAAGCUGAUCUGCUUACGGAUCUGCAGGAAAAUAUUCCUGAAAAUAGUACAUUAAAGAAAGAUGAUUUCGAUGUUUUAGAAGUCAAACUUGACUUUGGUAUGGGCGAUACGAACCCAAUAGAACAUGUCCAUUUCUACAACAAGAUGUCACCCGAGGAUGUAAAAGCUAUGCGGGACGAUGUUUCUGUGUUGCUUCCCAAGAGUAUUCAUGAAGUUAUAUUUCGUGUCUUGAUCAAGAGCUACAGCGAAGAACACCUUAAAGAAGCCCACGGUAUUUUCAAGGCUGUAUGUGAGAAGCUCAAAAUGAAGGAACCUUCUGUUGACUCAUGGUCCAGACUUCUUACCUCUGCCAAUUUGACCAACUUGGAAUCAGUGGAUCAAUAAAGUGACAGUUCUGCAACACAGCAUACAGGGUAUUUCUUUUCAAUAAGGAGACCAACUUGAAACUUAGCAGUACUGUAUUAAACUACCCUGUACCUUGUUUAUUAAAAAAGUAUGUACUGUAAAGGUAUAAGAAUGUUCAUACAGUACACACAUUUCUGUAGCUUGAUAUGUUCUUAAAAUAUUGUUUCUAGAAUAUUUUCAAAUAUCACAGUGUAAGGAAUAUUUUUUUAGUAAGAUUAUACCAAAGAAAUUAUAGUCAUUAUAAUUUUAAAUUCUUGUUUUUAAAAUAUUCUAUGCUUGUACUUAAUUAUACAGUACAUUAGAAUUGAUUUAGAAAUACUUAUGGGACUUAACAUGUAAAUAAAUGUAGGGUCUUCUAAUAGUACAUUUUCGUCUGUUUUAUUUGGUAAACAUAUACAGUAGUCAUAAUUUCUUGAUUAAGUUUUCUAUACUGGGGUGAAAAUGAUUUUUAAAUUUAUUGAAGAUGAUUUUUUGGAGAAUGUGCCCCUUGGGAAAAUCUUUCCCAAAGCUGGAAUUUUCCGGAAAAUUUCAAUUCCGGCUAUCAGAGAGUUCCGAGUUUGAGGAAUUCUGCUAACGGAGAUUCCCUGUAUUAUUAUAAUAUGUUUAUUUUUUUCUACUUAAUUAGUAAAUAAAUCAUAUAUCUUGAGGUACAUUGUUCCUUCUUUACCAGGAUCUAGUCUAGGCAAACUCUGUAGCCAGGUUCCCUUUAACCCAAACUUAAUCCACACCAAAGAAUACUGUCAUCUUUUGUCGGGUUAGUCAUGUGAGGUCAAGGCAGUUAUUGACAUUGUUGACCCUUGGAUUACCAAGUGUCACCACCAGACUUGAUUAUGCCCUUUAAAUCCAAUGUUACUGUGGCCUUCACUUUUGCACACAAUUUUGCUCACUAUUUUUUGGGUGUUAGAGUAUUUGUAUGUUUAUAUAAAUGAAUAUGUUUGCAUGUAAAAGUAUUUGUGGUUAUAUUUAUGCAUAUAGAAGACAUCAGCCUAUGCCAACAUUUCCUUGCCUGGCUCUGCGUUGUGUGAAUAUCUCGUCAGCUCUACUGGACUGAUAUUCACGCCUAAGUGUAUCACAGUAAGUAAUAAGAAUUUUGGAAUUCAAUUGUUACUCAAAAUCAUUUCAAAAUUUUGUUUAUCAAUGAUGCAAAUAAAUGUAGCUUUUUGA